AUGAUGAAUACACCCCCGCCCACACCGAGGCGAGCCCCUCCCUUGGCCAAUUCCGCCCCCCGUACCGCCAGUGCAACCCACCCGCCCGUGCCGCCUCCCGCAGCGCCUCCUGCUGCACCAGUUGCACCUCCCACAGCACCCGCCGCCAUGGAACCUCUCAUCAUUCCGGCCCCGGCAGCUGCUGCAUUCAUGGUUGCCGGCGAAGAUGACAUUGCUCACGUAUAA